UUUUACCAAUUCAUCAUCUCUCACCACCGAGUCCCAGCGGCGGCCGAGAGCAGGUGGUGAUCACCGAGUCCAAGUGUGUGUGUCUCUCUCUGUCAGGCAGCAGCAGCAGCAGGGCGUGUGCGCGCUAGGGUCUCUGGUCGGUGGCCACAGGGCAGUUUCCUCCUCGCCACCUCCUGCUGCUCAUCCCUCCACCACCACCUCCACCAUCACCACCUCCUCCACCACCUCCUCCACCAGCCUCAUGGCCUUUGAGAGCCUUUUCUCCAAACCCCCCAACCCCGUUCUUGACAAAAACAUGACAGACUCUGAACAUGCAGGGGAUGAAAGAGAAGAUGGUGAACUAGAAGAUGGUGAAAUAGAUGAUGCUGGAUUUGAAGAAAUACAAGAACAACCAGAAACAAAAGGGAAUGACAAACAGAAAAGUGAGAGAGCCCACAGAAAAUCAAGGAAGAAGCGCAAGAAAGAAAAAGAAAAGAAAAAAUCAAAAAGGAGAAGACGUGAGAAACACAAGCAUAAUUCUCCUUCUAGUGAUGAUAGUUCAGACUACAGCCUUGAUUCAGAUGUUGAACAUACAGAAAGGUCCCAUAAAAAAGGAUCCAGUUCCUACAGGGAUUAUGACUCAUCAUUUCUUCAGCAUGGACAUUUAUCAGGAAACUACAUGAUAUCACAGAAAAGUCAGCAUAAUAAGAAAUCAAAAAAUAAAGACUAUGACGAGUAUAGUAACUACAGUGAUGACAACUUUGAUAACUACAAUCAGGAAACAGAAGAAGACUUUGCUGAUCAGCUUAAACAAUACAGACAAGCUAAAGAAACCUCAAACCCUGCUUUAGGAUCACCAUUUCAUAAAGAAUCAGGGAAAAAACAGGGAAUGAAAGGAGUACAGCCAGUCGAGCAGAGGAGUAAAAGUUUUAGUGUUUGUCGUGGACGUGGCUUGCCGAAGAAACUAAAGCGCAAAGAGCGUGGCCGAGGGAGAGGCAGUAAAGGACCUAAUGCUUUCUCUGGAGCAGAUGGCUUUCAAGAGGAUGGUAAACCUGUGAAAAAAUGGGUUAAUAUGAGUCAAGAGUUCAUAAAUCAGCAUACAGUGGAACACAAAGGAAAACAGAUUUGUAAAUAUUUUCUUGAGGGGAGAUGUAUUAAGGGAGACCAAUGUAAAUUUGAUCAUGAUGCAGAAUUGGAGAAAAAAAAGGAAAUCUGCAAAUUUUAUAUACAGGGAUAUUGUACCAAAGGAGAGAAUUGCAUUUAUAUGCAUAAUGAAUUUCCUUGCAAAUUUUAUCAUAAGGGAUUAAAAUGUUACCAAGGAGAUAAGUGCAAAUUUUCCCAUGCUCCUCUCACUAAAGAAACAAAAGAACUUCUGGACAAAGCUCUGAAUACUGAAGAGGAACCACAAAAUGAAGAUGAAAGAGAUUUAGAAGAUCUUAGAAGAAGUGGUAUUGCUCCUCUUCCUAAACCACCUCCAGGAGUUGGCCUUUUGCCAACCCCACCAGAGCAUUUUUCAUUUUCUGAAUCAGAAGACAAUUUUCAAGCAGAUCUUUCUGAUGAAUUUAAGAAAAUUCCAUCUCUCUUUGAAAUAGUUGUAAAACCUACUGUGGAUCUAGCACACAAGAUUGGGAAGAAGCCACCAGCAUUUUAUAAUAGUGCCUCACCACCAGGACCACAGUUUCAGGGAAACAACCCACAUCCUCAGCAUAUGUACAAUUCAGGGUCAAGUCCAGGUCCUGGUCCUAACAUGUCUCAGGGACACAAUGGCCCUGCAGUGCACCCAGGUUCCCCUGGACACCACCAGUGCACAGGUCCUCCUGGCCCACCAAUGCCACAUAGCCCACCAUUGCAACCUGGUCCACCUGGAUUUUUAGGGCCACACAAUCAAGCUGGAGGACCCAUUCAACCAGGCCCAUCUUUAACACCACCUGGUAUGAGUGGUUCCUACAAUUCUACAGGAGUGCAAGGACAUAUGAUGAACAUCCCAAUAGAGAAUCACUGUUCUUCAGGUCCUUCCUACCAGCAAGGUCCCACUGAAAUGCAGCUCAAUGCCAACUAUGAGUCCCUACAAAACCCAGCUGAAUUCUAUGAUAAUUACUAUUCACAUCAAGCUGUACAUAAUUUUCAGACAGCCAAUAACUCUGGUGAUGCAAUAUGGCAUGGUGAAUUUGCUGAACACCAACCUCACCUGGCUCAAGACUCACUAAACAGUGGAAGUGAGUCAGACUGCAUCAACACAUCAGGCCAUAAACCUACUAUAACUGUACCAGAUUUCCUUCCUGCAAUGCAAAAAGCCCUCUUUGUAAGACUUAGUCAGAAACAUCAAGAAGAUGGAGAACCAAUUGGUCACCAGUCUCAAAGAACAUUAAGCAGGGAAGAAGAUGAUAACGUUAACUGGUAUUCCAGUAGUGAAGAAGAAGAGGGAAGUAGUGUCAAAUCAAUAUUGAAAACUUUGCAGAAACAAACAGAGACUCUAAGGAAUCAACAACAACAUUCCACAGAACUCAGUACUCCUACUGAUCCAAGACUAGCUAAAGACAAAAAUACAGGAAGCCAAGCUGUCGAUCCUAGACUUAGGGCUGUCCCAAGACAAAAUGCUAGAAAACCUUCUGAUUCCACCCCUUUUGAUCCUAGACUUGCACGGGAUCCCAGGAAAUUAAAACUUAAUGAAAGUGGUCAUGCAAUCCCCUCUGUUGGUGGAGGAAAGUUUGAUUUACAACAUUCAAAUUCUGGAGUUAAAAUUAAACAAAAAGGAGUAGAUGAUGAAGAAGAAGAAACAGAGAGAGAGCUGAGAGAAAAAGCUUUCUUAAUACCUUUGGAAUCUUUACCUGGUAUAACACUACAAGAUCCAAGAUCACAGCUUAGACAGUUCAGUCAUAUUAAAAUGGAUAUUACCCUGACCAAACCAAACUUUGCAAAACACAUUAUAUGGGCUCCUGAAGACUUACUUCCAGUACCCUUACCUAAACCUGACCCAGUUUCAUCAAUCAACUUACCUCUUCCUCCACUGAUAGCUGACCAGAGGCUGAAUAAGUUACGUAAUAUAAAUAGUGAUCUUCAUCAAAGUACAAUGCCAGCUGAUCCAAGAUUAGCAGCAAAAGCCAAAAAUAAUACUACAAGAAGUGGAUACUUGGACCAACCUGGAGACACCCAUUGUCCAGGAAAUAAAUUGGGAGAUCCUAGGUUGCAAAAAAAUGUUGAUCCUAGACUUCAUAGGCUGUCCAGUACAGACUCUCAUCAUGGGAAUGCAAAGGAUCCUCAUCCGUCAAAAUUUGAUCCGCGUUUGGCCAGACCAAGUCCUGGUUCAUCACAGACCUCAGGGGCAGUAAUUAAUAAAUCUGAGUCUGAUCCUCUUCCUCCAUAUGCUCCUAAACUAUCAGCUUCAACUGGUGUUAGACUGGGAACACCAAGCUCUAUUCUUAGUGGCAUUAGUUUGUAUGACCCAAGGGAACAUGGCUCAUUGUCCUUAUCAGAACCAGCAUCACUUUCUUUAGGAGAAAAUGGAGAGAACCAGAAAAAAAUCAGUGGUUUGCAAAACAGUGGCAAAAAUGAACUUUCUUCAGAAGCUUUGCAGAAAUCCACUCCAAAUUUGGAAAAGACUACAGAUGGACCAGUUGACUCACAGUCAGAAAAACAGAAUAAUUCUGUUAAGACUCAGGUUAAACCUGAGCCCCCACACUCCAGUACUGCACCAGCAGUGCACAACCUUCCAAUCCAGGCUUUAACAGGAUUAAUAAGACCACAGUAUAGUGAUCCAAGACAGACAAGACAGCCAGGACAGGUGAAUCAAACACCAGAUAAUGAUCCCAAUGGAGAAUCAGAUGAUAAAUCCCUGAAGGAUGUUUUUAAGACUUUUGAUCCAACAGCUUCACCAUUUUGUUAGCAAUUGCUUUAUUAAAAAAAUUCUUUUUACUGUUGCGACUAUUGCAGUUCUCUGCUGUUUUGUAACUGGUUUACCUCUAUGCUUUAUUUAUUUUUAAAUUAUAAUUAUCAACACUUUUUCAGCUGCUAA